UAAAAACUUCAUUAUUUUUUGUGUUUAUAACGUUUUUUUAGUUACUCUGAAAUGAAGAUAUUUUCAUAUGCCCACGCAAGCCAACCAAAAUAAGAGGAAAUUUUCCUCAAAAAAACCCCUAAAAUUACAUUCUAAGUGUUUAUCGCUGCUAAAUAUUCUCUCCUUAUAUUAAAAUCUCAAAAUAAGUAUAUUCUUUCAAAAUAAACAAGAAUUGUGUAUAAAUGAAACAUCGCAGUUUGAAUAAAAAUUGCAAAUACUAAUGAAAUUACAUUUGAAAUUUAUGUACGAACCGAAACGACGCAAACGUUCAUUGCAGCAAAAAGACUCAUUUCGGAAGCAUGCUUCAGUGAUUGCCAGUUGCAGUUUCCCGCGAACAUAAAUAAGCUUGUCUUGUCAAGCCCGCGAUGGUACACGAUUGGCGGAACUAUGCGUCUUAAAUCAUUUGAAUGAGCUGCUCUUGACGCCGGCCGAGUCUGCUACGCCCGGAGCAGAGAGGGGUUCGUCGCUUUGAGUCUUCCCUUUUCAGUGUUUCCGAGAUUCGGCAGCAUGAUAGUUGCGCCACAGUCUUACGCAAUCGUGCCCAAUCUUAAUUUCUGCGGUGCAAUGUCAACAAUGAGCCCAUUUUCUCCCAUCCCCAUGCCCGCUAGUGGACUCGGCAACGCGUGUAAAUUCACUUUCGGCUACAUGACCUUGGUCAACGAAAUUGUCGGUGGCAAGCUUCUUCAAGCCUGGUGGGUGGUAUUUAUUGCGUUUUAUUCUCUUUUUCACUUCCUCGAGACUAAUUCUCAACUUGACGCUCCUGUGUGGGACCGGGGGCUUUGUUGGUGGUCAACGAGCCCGAAGAAAAUUGUACACAAACGAACACAGAUUUGGGCGCGCGUUCCGGAGCUAAAAGUUAGGUUUAAGGGGCUUUAGUCAAAGCAGACAAAGCGGGUCAAUUGGUUACGGUCAUUUAAGAAGCAUGAAUAAUUUUAAAUCGACAAGCAUAACGUGAAACGAAUUUUCUCUUACUCCCAGUUACUUUAAAACAAACCCGUUUUCCAUCAAUAGGUAAGGUGCAUAUCGAAGGAAAGUAAAACUCACGAAGAAAAUGACCUUCCUCACAUCAUUCGUUAACGAUGCCAACUGUCGCUAAUAUUGAGAUGUCGACCAAAUCGACCAAAGUACGGCACCGUACUAGAGAAAUGAUGCCAACCAUACACACAAAGUGUUACUCCAGACGGAUAAGAAAGAUGAACCGACUUGCAAAUUUGCUAUUAAUCUUGUGUUACAUUGUAACGACGGUAGUUGCACAACGGGACACGAUAUGUCCACCGCAAGACAUCAUUCUACCGUGUCGGUGUUCACAGCGUGGCAGUGAAAUACAGAUAUGGUGUUCGCAUAGUGAUUUACCACGUGUUUUGAUGGGUUUAAAAGCCGUUUCGAAGUCCAUCAUCCGUCCCAUCGAUGAGCUUAUUCUGGAGAACAACUUUCUGCCCUCGCUUCCCGGACGAACGUUUGCACCGCUAAACAUUCUACGGCUGAUGCUGCGCCACAACGGUCUGGAGCGGCUUUCGAACGGAUGGCUUAACGAUCUGGACAAAAGCUUGGUGGAGAUCUUCAUAGUGGAGCGUAAUCUGCGCAGCAUUCCUGUAGAUAGUUUAACUGGCCUGCGCAAACUAGAAGCGGUCACUAUACAGAGCGAAAAUCUUAAACGUCUUCCUGACUUUUCGGGCCUUCCGAAGCUGCGGUACAUCAACGUGCAGAGUGGUUCGUUGAUAGAGCUCGCACCACAAUACUUCCGUGAUUUGGCCAGUCUCGAGACGUUGCACGUGACAGGAAGCGGUAGUUUAAACCGGCUAGAAGCGGGUCUGUUUAACGAUCUGCCCAAACUGAAUCUAAUUAACUUGUCGGAGAAUGGCAUCAGCUGGGUACAUCUGCGUACAUUCGUGGGUUUGCCGUCCCUCAAAACGCUUCAGCUGUCCGGUAACAAAAUCACGGACGCUGGCAUGAUCGGCCGAGCGGUGAAGGACAUUCACAAUCUACAGGUGCUGCGUAUGGAUCGCAACAUGAUAUCGAAGCUGAGCGAGGGCAGUUUCGUAGAUUUGCCUUCGCUGAAGGAGCUAUAUCUGAACGAUAACGGUAUAACGGAGAUUUUCCACGGUGCAUUCCAUCGGACGCCUGGUCUGAAGCUCGUCCAUCUAGAGAACAACUACCUGCGACGUGUACAUCCCGAAUCCUUCCUGCAGGCAUCGGGCAGUGGCGUCGAAAUGAUGCAUCUGCAGCAGAACGAAAUUGGUCGCGUGGAAGAGUUGCGAUCGCUGCUAGAUGCACUACCGAUGUUGCGUUUUCUCGAUCUGAGCUACAACAAGCUGGAAGCAAUUCCCUUCGGUGCACUGCGAGGACAUGGAACGUUAGAACAGUUGUAUCUGAAUCAGAAUCGCAUCCGUAUGAUCGAACGGGAUGCUUUUAUGGCGAUGCCGGGAUUGCGUGAGCUACGGCUGCAGAACAACUCGCUACACGAUCAGCUGCCGAUGCCGUUCUGGAACCUGCCUGGACUGAAAGGUAUAGACAUUUCGUACAAUAACUUCCGCCGGAUGGAUCCGAAUUUGCUCGUCGGUGUUCCAUCUCUUCGACGGUUGGACAUCAGUGGAAACACACUGUCAGUGAUUGAUGCUGCCGCGUUCAGUCACACACCGAUGCUGGAAACGGUCAACAUCUCUUUCAACGAGCUAACGCUUAUCCAUUCUGCAACGUUCCGCGAUAUGAACCACAUGUUUGAGCUUGAUGCAGGAAACAACCAUUUGCAGGAGUUUAUCCCGGGCCUACCGGUUGCGGUGGAGCGAGUGAAUUUGCAUGGCAAUAAAAUCACGCAACUACCACCACCGACCACUGCCAGUCAGCUGUGGGAUUUGCCGAACCUGCGCAUGCUGGACAUUAGCAGUAACCAGUUGACACGUCUACCAAGAGCAGUCUUUAAGCCGACUCCACAGCUGCGCGUCCUAAGCUUAGCUCGCAACGAGCUGCAGUCUGUCGACGAUGGAAGUCUCGCCGGUUUGGCACGAUUAGAGAUACUGAACCUGCAGGAUAAUCGAGUGCUCGCACUGCACGAACGGUGCUUUAGUCCGCUGGAAAAUCUUCGCGAGCUUAACCUGCAGGGAAAUCGGAUCGAGGUGCUGGUGGAUAAUCUGCUUGAUAGUAACGCACUGCUGGAGCAGUUCGAUGCGUCACGUAACAGCAUCGUGGAGAUAUCACCGAAAGCAUUCCGCAACAGUCGAUCACUGCAGACUUUGGAUCUUUCGUCGAACCAGCUGCGUGAAUUGCCGGAAUCAUUGUCCGGGCUAGCGGAGCUCCGUGAGCUUGAUGUUAGCUUCAAUCAACUGACGGAACUGUCGCCGAAUGUGCUGGUGUCCUGGCGUAAUCUGGAAGAGCUGAAGGUUUCCAACAACAAGGUGAACCAGCUGCAUCAGGGUUCGUUAAGGAACUUACCGUUGCUACAGUAUCUGGAUCUUUCAAGCAACGAGUUGACGCUGUUGGAGCAUGGUUCGUUGAGGAACUUGCCUGAAUUGCAGGAACUCGUACUAGCGGACAACAGAUUGACGGAGCUGAAAGAUCGUGUGUUUGAAGAUCUUCCCAGUUUACAGGCCGUACAUCUACAACAGAACAACUUGCGCUACAUAUCACCGUACAGCUUCUAUCGCUCGCCCUCGAUUGUGUACCUUAAUCUGUCAGCGAAUCAGUUCCGCAGUCUCGAUAGCGUUGGUUUGCGAAGUGUUCGAAAUCUGGAAGUGCUCGAUCUUACCGGAAACAGUAUACGCAAGAUCACCCCGAGUCCUCUGCGUGGCCUCGACUGGUUGGUGGAGUUAAAGCUGGACAAUAACAAAAUCUGCGGAAUUCAAGGUGAACCUUUCGCCACAAUGCCUCGGUUACGUGUGCUAAGUAUGCGCAAUAAUCAGAUGUCACGCGUUCCGGAACCGAUCUUUCGAAGCUUGCGUACGAAUAUUGCGAUACUCGAUGUGGACGGCAAUCCGUUGGAUUGUAGUUGCGAGAUGCUUUGGUAUAUGGCAUGGCUGCAGGAGAGUCGAAGCCUCUAUCCCGGUCCUCGCUGCAGAGAUGGGAAGAUGUUACUGGAUAUGCGAUUAUCGCGUACCGAUUGCCAAACCGGAGCAAGAACGGCCCCAGGACAAAAUGGCGAACAUCCGCUGACAAACGAUCACGGCGAUGUGUUUGUUCGUGCGCUCGACUACGAUGAAUGUGUAGGUUCCGAGAAUUAUGAAGUACCGCCAGGACCAUCACCUCCAUUCCGGCCAGGGUCACCGUCUCCGGGUGAUAGUGACUACUUCUACGAUCAGUACGUCGACUAUCCCAACGCAUUGAAUGACACUCGAUUAGCAAACGGUCAACGUUUCAACAAUACUCCUUUCGCGGAAGACUCACAGCGUAAUUUUACUACAAACUUUGUCGAUUUUAACAACAAUAAGUUCAACCAGUUCCAGCGUCCUCCACAAGGUGUACCACCUCCAGCUGGUGGGCAAGAUUCAGGAUCACCGUUUACCUUCUUCGGUUUGCCCAUACCGAGCCUUAACAUUGGCAAAAUGUUCGGUGGUGCAGGACGUAAUGCAAACAAUCGAGCAUCGGGCGGAACACGUGCAAAGGGACGCGUACAGGUAUACAAACAGGGUGAACCGGAACAGAGCAUCAUCUAUCGGAACGAUGGCAUUAAGACGGAUACGGUGGUAACGCUGAAAACACCGUCGGAUCCAUUGGAUAAAAAUGCCGGAGCUACGAACGAGAACAAUCUGUUUUAUCGCCCAUACUUCCAAACAUCCUUCCGACAGCAGCCUCCGGUGGAGGUCCAAAAAGGUGGCUUUACACCGAUGCUUCCUGGUACGGUCGGUGGAUUUACGCCCAUCACUGAUCCGACGUUGAAGGUUAUUAAUCAAAACUACACGCACGAACCACCGGGCAAGUGGCCAACGGAAUUUAACGAGCGUGUACCUUUGGUAACUGAACCGACGCGUUACUUGCAGCAGAAUAAGUUUGAAGCCACUAUCAAACCAUCGCACAACAGUGCGCCUUAUUUUGUUGAUGGAAUAACGCAUCACAUUCCGGGAAAGCAAGAAAACCUUCCACCGAUGGUACCACCGAAACUCACCAAUCUGAACGAUAAGCUGACCAAUGCCGUGGGUAAUGCUGGACAACGAAAUAAUGCCACGGGAUCGUUACCAUCGCAUUCCGAAAUGGAAGAGGACGACGAAGAUGGUGAUGAAUCCGUUGACGACGAUGAGGAAACUGCCGACGACGAAGACAUUGAUGGCGGUCAAAAUGAAUCCGAAACGAAUUCGCAGGGAGGAUCACAACAUAACGACAACGAUCUCACCACACGUCUUUCAAUCGAGUUGGCUACACCGACCAUUGGUUCUACUGUAAGCGGUGGCUUCAACAAGGCGUACACUACACCGAAUCCAACGAUCCGUGAUUUGGCGCGUACACCCACCCGGGAGUUUUACGACAGUUCCAGCAACACUCCAUCGUCCCUUUCGGCGCUCAUUGCACCGGGAUCAGGGCAUCGACCACCGGUGGGCAAAUCUACCAUUGAAAAAGUGCCCGCACCGGUUUCUUCUACCGUGACACCGUACUUCCCCAACACAACGCCCGGAAUGCAACACCGAGUGGUACCCAAGAUCGAAACCGAUAGUGGAGAUCGUCAUUACGGAUCGCCGAACAUUAUCGACCUGUCACCGUCGAGUCACCAUCAUGCCGAUGCGGAUAGUGUGAAUGAGAUACGGAAGCGUGAGGAUAUGGAUUGGUAUUUUGCCAAUUACAACCACACGCAACACUACGAUUUCGAUGAGCUCGAAAUCAAUAGCUUCCGUAGUGCGGGAGUGGUAGUGAAAGGUGCUGCUAUCGUGUCCCUGAUGGCCAUCCAUACGAUCGUACGGUUAUGGGGAAUAGUAUUUUUAGGGUAAAGCUCUUGAAGAGCUACGGGAUGAAUAAUGGGAUGGGAUCAAAGAUUUCACGGGAAGCUAGGCUCCGCCAAAGGAAUACUAAGUGUUUUGCUGAACGUAGGAAUUACAAGGGAGGGAUGUUUUAAACGAAAAUUGGGGAAAUAAUCGUUUUGGGAUUUGUUACAUUUUGUUUUAGAUUUACACUAGGCGUAUGAUGCAACAUGUAAGCGUGAUUUGCUUUCGUAAUAAUGCAGAAAAUUGUAUAAAUCGUGCUAAUGAUUGAUUUGCUGUAUUGGAUAAAAGUUUUAGCCUUUAAUAAACCAAAUUUCUGUUCGCACAUACAUAUUACAACCAACUCAAAAGUUAUUGUAUAAAAAAAUUACUAUCAAUUCUUUGACCU